AUGAAAAAAGGGCACCGUGGUCCUUCAGCACCGACACCGGCGCCGUCAUUCCAGCAUGCCGUUGUUGUGCCGGAGGAGUUGCUGAGGGAUAAGACCGCGCGGGAGCGGCGGGCAAUCACCCGUGGGUAUCUUGCCCAGUGGCGGCUUGAGGAGAGGGAGAAGCCCGUCAUUGAGCAGUUAGUCCAGCAGAAGAUGACCGAAAGCGCCGCACAGCCAUCAUGGAGGACGCGUGUCUCGCAGCUGCCGCCGGUGCGUUUGCCGAAAAUGAGUGACGCAACGGCAGCCCCACUGCCGGUGCGAAUGCCGAAAAUUUUGGCCAAUUCUUUGCCUUCUUUGCGUGCAGCAUCGCCACCGACGACGUUGGAGUCGUGUCGCCGGGUCACACCAUCGCCCCCUUCCCCGCAGCCCUUCUCCAACACAGCCACUUCUUCCGCAACGGUGCAAACGAAGACGACAGCAAUGCCGGGACCCGCGUACACCCGCACGUAUUUUCAGUUGGAGGACUUUGAUAAUACAGACUUUGAGACACGCACCCCACAGGAGUGGGUGCUGCUCGGCGAGAAGGAUGGCGGUACACCGGCCCGCUCCCGCUACUUUGAUAAGCGGAGCAAUGAAGUGCAAUGGCUGCCGUGUCGUGUUGUCGCCUACGACGACGAAAGGAGCUGUUAUCAGGUCGUUUGGGAGUCGAAUGGCUGUAGCAAGUGGACGAAACGACUCAACAUAAUAUUCGAUGCGGAGGACGAGGCACUGUGGCACGAGCGUGUGCGACAGGCGGAGGCAUAUCGGGCGGAGACUGAGGCAGCAUUGCGGGGGCGGAUGUACUUGCAAUCUUUGGACGGAAGCCGCAUCGCGCCGAUGGACCAGGACCAGAUGGACCGCAUCAUCGGGUUGGUGGCGAAGCGCUUUCCCCUGACCGCACUGCGCCUCGUGGAGCAGUGCACACGCGAGCUGGAGGAACUUUACUACUUCAGCCUGAAGCGUGCACAGCACUGGCGUGAGAUGGCCAGCCCCGAGGAGCAGCGACGCGUGGAGCUACUGGGGUUGCCACCCCCACCGCCGUCAUUACUACCGUCAACAACGCUGUCGGCAGGCUCGGGCGAGCUUCCGCCGAGUACGCUGCGUGGUACGAUAGAAACACCAUCGCCAAACUUCCGCGUGGCACGGAAUUUUAUUGCGGAGAAUUUAUUUCAAACGCACGCGUUACUGCACGAUACGGUGUACGCCAUCCACAAUCAAUGGAACGAAUACAGAGGAGAGUUGUUGUGCAUCACGCAAUGGGAACCUCGUGAAACCCCAAUUGGGCUAAGAAACUUCGAGGAGUUGCAGGCACAUCGUGGCUUCAGUAUUUCAGAGAAGCUGCACAACGAGUGGAGCGUAAAUGUUCGUUGUACUAUUCAAAACAACCUCGAUAUGCACUUUAAAUUCUACGAGGAUAACCUGGAGAGGUAUACAGUGAGCCGCAUGUCUCGAUUUGUAAAUUUUGUUAAUGUCAUGAUGAAUUCACAGCUACGUGGGCUGCUGCUCAAUUCAUUAGAGGAGUUUGCGGCCUUCAUCCACCGCUACCGUGUAAUGCCAAGCGUUGACGACACACCGAUGGACGAGCUGCAGGAGGAUCUAGAGGAGGCAGAGCACUGGAGGCGUCGCCAAGAAGAGUGGAACGAGAGGCAGCGCGCAGCCAUGGCUGAGGCAGAGGCAGAGCAGGCCCGCAAUGCUGGCGGCGGUGGACGCGGUCGGCAACGAAAGAGCGUUGCCCCACCCCCGGAGGAGGAAAAAGAAAAGGAAGUGCCAUUUGUCUGGCGCCUCGGGACGUUUUCUAACCGCUUGCAGUACACAAAGCGUGUGGUGGAGAUGACGAUGAAUCCCAAGGGACUGCGUCCGCUGUUUGUGUUGAAUCUCGUGGAGGAUUCCGGUCGUGUCGUCUUCUCACCGUCUCUGGAGGACGUCUCACGCAAAGUAAAGGCCGUGUUUGAGGGCUGCUUUGAGCUUGUGGACAAAAUCCAAGGGAUGGGCGAUCAGCUUUUCCCACUGCUUGCAUUGCAGCCACUGGCGUUGCAGCCACUAGACGAGUUUGACCCGGCUGUAUGCGAGGCGCGGUCGAUGGUGGAGAAGGCCCUUGCUGAAAACGUUGAGGCACCGCUGCAGCUUCAGCAAAUGUACCAGACUUUUGAGUACGUUCUGCAGUUGGACACGCGGGAACUGGUGGAAGAGGUGAAUGCACGACAGUUGUCGCUCCCCGAGUUUGACUGGACGUUUGAGCGCCUUUCUCGUGACCGGGAACGCAUUGUGCGGAGGACGCCAAACCAUGUAAAAUACGAAAUGUUUUUUAUCGAUUGCAAAGGAAUAAAGGCGUCGCUGGUCGCCAAGGCAACCGACAUCCAAAGUGCCCUGAUGGAGGCUCUGGCUGAGCGAAUGAGAAAGACGUGCUCGAACAUGAUCAGCGAAUACAACAACAUGAGUGAACGGAUGGCGUUAGAGUCGCGCUCGCCCGAGGAACUGCAGGAGUUCCGCGACUUCCUCGACGGAAUCCCUGCCCGACAGGAAGAACUCAACGCCACCUUUGAGACACUGACAGAAGGGUUUGAUCUCCUUUUCAAGUACAACUACGAGUUUUCCGCCGACGCAUGCAAUGAUUAUCGCACAGCGUAUGAAUGGCCAAGGCACCUGCAGCAGGAGCUGGAGGACGGUAACUUCCGCAGCAAAGAGUACCGCAGCAUCCUCAUGCAGAAAUUACGAGAUAACUGUGAAACCCUCACGAGCGAAAUUGUGCAAUUGGGUAACGUUGUGGAUGACUUUGCUCAUUUUGGCGAUGAUGCCCGUGCUGAUGCGUAUCAUGAGCAGGCCAAAGCACUCGAGCAACGCAUCAGGGACCACCAGGAGCAGGUUCAGUUGUACAACAGCCACGAGACGCUCUUUGGACUUCAGCAAUCCAAGUGGCCCCAGUUGAAGGAGAUUAGGGCGCAGCUGGAGCCCUAUUCCCUCCUCUGGGAGGUUGUAAGCCUCUUCCACAACGAGAGCGAGCGGUGGCUAAACACACGUCUGUCGGCAUUGGAGCCGUUGGAAGUUGACAGACAGUUGAUGGACUGGUUAAAGAAGAUUGCAGCCGUCUCAAAGAAGGUCAAAGAGGCAGAACCGAUGGGGGUUCUGAAACGUAUUCGUGCGGAAAUUGCCGCCUUCAAGCCAUACGUCCCGCUUCUGUACGCACUACGCAGCAAUCUGCAGGGAAGUCACUGGAAAGCCAUUUAUCAGGCCUGCGGUGUACCGAAGGAGAAACAAAGUCAAGGGACGGGUGGCGUCGAUUCCAACGAGUGGCGGCCCUUUAAUGAGUUUAUCAAACUUGGAAUGUUGGACUUCUUGCCACAGAUUGAGAGCAUUGCUACAGUGGCACAAAAAUCGUUCGAAUUGGAGAGUGAACUCAUGGCGAUGGAAGUGGAGUGGAAGAAGCUGCUCUUCGACAUGGAACCCUAUCAAGACACGCACAAGCUAAAGGCAAAUGACAUCAUGCAGUUGACACUCGAUGAGCACAUUCUGAAGACGCAGUCGAUGCUCGGGAAGCCGAUUGUCCGUCAGGCACCAGCACUCCAGGCACGUGUGUCGCGGUGGGAGGCAUUGCUGGACAAGAUUCAGUGUACUGUGGAUGAGUGGUUUAAGUGCCAAGGAACGUGGGCCUACCUGGAGCCGAUUUUCUCCUCUGCCGACAUUUCUCGCAGCCUUCCAAAAGAAAAACAGCUUUUCCUUGCAGUCGAUGAAUCAUGGCACAAAAUCAUGGAAUUGACUCGCAUGACCCCACAAAUCCUGACUCGGUGCCAAGAUGAGACGUUGCUGCGGGUUCUCACCGAAAACAACAACAACCUUGACAUUAUUCUUAAGAAGUUGCAGCAGUUUCUUGAAACAAAAAGGAUGGCGUUUCCCCGGUUUUAUUUUAUCUCCAACGAGGAAUUGCUUCAGAUUUUGUCCGACAGCAAGGACCCAUACCUCGUGCAGCCGUACCUCAGCAAGUGCUUUGAGGGCAUCAAGCGUAUUCAGUUUGCUGACGCCCAUGACAUUCUUGCGAUGGAGUCAUCCGAAGGAGAGGUGGUGCAGCUUAUCCGGAAGGUUAACCCCGGAGAUUAUCAGAAUCUCGUUGAGCAGUGGCUGCAGGCUCUUGAAAAAGUUAUGCGGGAUACAAUUCUCGACCAACUGCGUCAGGCGACGGGAGAUUAUGCUACCCGAAAAAAGCGAACAGAGUUUAUUCGUGCGUGGCCUGGUCAAGUCGUCAUUGCCGUCUGUUCACUUUACUGGACAAUGGAGGCGACAGAGGCGAUGAGUAGCGAAGGCACUGUGGGUCUCACCACGUAUCACGAGAAGUGCGUUGGACAGCUGGAUGAUCUCAUUGUGUUGGUGAGAGAUCGUAACCUUGCAGCGGUGGAGCGGUGCACACUCGAGGCACUUGUGGUUGUGGAGGUGCAUGGUAAAGAUAUCAUUGGCCAGCUUUCGGAAAAGGGCGUGGAUACCCCAAAGAGUUUUGACUGGCUGGCCCAGCUGCGGUAUUACUGGGAGGAGGACCACUUGUAUGUGCACCAGAUCAAUGCAUCGCUUCGAUACGGCUAUGAAUAUUUGGGUAACACUGGCCGUCUUGUCAUCACACCCCUCACCGAUCGUUGUUACCGUACCCUUAUUGGUGCGCUUCACCUAAACUAUGGUGGUGCGCCAGA